GUGCUGGAAAGCAAUGCAAGCUCUGAAACAUUAUCACUUGAACUGAUCGGUGCAAGUUCUGGAGCGAGUCUGUAUCUGAAAUCUGAAGCCGGAGCAUCUGCAGUGAAGUUAACCCCCCCCCCCACCGAGUGACUGUAGAUUGUGGAUUUCUCACAGCCGGUGUGUUUUGCUCGUAGCUUAAACUGGGGAUCCAUUGGCUCAACAUAAUUCAGAAGUAGCCUGGUCAAGAGAAGAAUUGAAAUAAUGUCUGCUGGUGUCGAAAAAGCUUGCCAUCGAUGUAUUUCAAAAAUUGCCAGCAAUGCUUGUUUAAUCUUUGGGCUACUUGCCUUCCUUGCACUGCCGCUGUCAAUGGCUUUUGUGGGGAUGAAGUUCCUGGAUAGUUGCCCCAUUCAGCCAUCGAUUCCUUUGUACUUGCUAGUUGGAGGAAUAAUCGGCAGUCUGAAGGUUACCCUCUUACUCUAUGAUUCUGCAAAAAUGAGGCAACUUCUUUCCAAAUCUGUUAUGAUUGGCGAUGACGAUGAUGAUGAAUAUCCAUGGCGACAAAAUCUUCACCGUUAUUACAUCCAUGUUACCCUCAGUCUGUUCCUGUUUGUGUGGUUUAUAUUGGGAAACUACUGGGUGUUCUCUGCAUAUCUGCCCAAUUUUAUUCCACCUUUUCACCAGCCUCAGGAUUACUGUGAUAAAACUGUGUACAUCUUCUCAGUGGUUGUUCUGGUCAUAAGUCACACGGUUCUAGGCCUUUUGGUUCUGUGCAGUUGCUGCUUAAUCUCUUUCUCAAAGCAAGGUGAUGAUUCAGAAGAAGAAUGAAAAUCAGGCUGAAUAUCAAUCAUGUGAAAAUAUAAUUAAAACACAAAACCUCUGAUUAAACUGCACACUUUCGAGAAGGUCAGGAUUGGUUGGGCUAUUCCUGUUAUUUUCAGGGCUGUUUAUAAGUAACUGUCUUCGCUGCUGUGCCCUGUGUCAUAGACUCUACUCUGUCCGUGUACACCUAAUUGAAAAUGCAAGCUAGAUUUAGGCAUGUGCAGCCAGCAACAAUUGUCUUUGUACAUUUUUUCACAGUUGUUUGAAUUCUCUCGGUAUUUGGACUUGCAUGCUAUUUUAUUAUCCUCACUGAUAGUUUAUUCAACUUGGCUUUAAACUGAGUCAAGACACACAGGGGAAUGAGAAUAAAAAUACUUCAUGUUUCAGUUUUUUGGAAAUGUAUGAGAACUCAGGUUCUGAUUUGCAUCAUCCUGCUUCUGGAAAGAGAAAUAUAUGUUGGAUUGAGAAGUUAGCAAUUUAUCGUAAUUAGGACGUCUGAUGUAUUAUUAAAUCCCUUCGCCCUAAUUAUGGACUCGUAAAGGCUCUGAAUUCCUACUCUCAAUCUUUCCACCUUAAUAUUUUCUCUUUUGAGAUUAGCCACUCUGCUAAUAACUCUCUUGGAUUCAGUGUUUGUAUUAUAAUGCCUUGGAAUGUCUUGAGUGACUUGGUUAGCACCUCACAGUGCUAGGGACCUGGGUGUGAUUCCAACCUUGGGCAAUUGUCUGUGUGGAAUUUGCACUGUCUGUGUGUGUUUCCACCAGGUGCCACCAAAGUGACCUAACCAAUGUCCUGUACACCCGCAACAUGACAACCCAGCUCCUAUACACAGUGCACUGACCAAUAAAGGCAAGUGUACCAAACACCUUCUUCACAAUCCUGUCAAAUUGUGACUCCACCUUCA